AUGCCGAAAAAUCGCCCUGCCACGUCGGGCUACGCCCGUCUCGCCCAGGAAGAGGAAGAACGCGGCUAUAUCCACGAUGACUCCGAAGAUGAUGAAAUGGCUGCGGUCUCAUCCACCGUAUCAACGUCUAAUCCUCGUUAUGCUCCUAUCUCCUCUCGAGCCCAGAUGCAGGCGUCCGGUCUCGCCACGCCACCAGGACAUCGACGCAGACACAGUGGGUAUUCUCGCCGAAGUCGUCGGAACUCAGGUGUGGACAUCAAGGCUAUCAAUGCGCGUCUGGAACGAUGGGCGGAGGAGAUUGCCGCCAAGUUCAAAAUCAAUCGAGUCAAGGGCAAGACCUAUGAGGAAGAGAAGCUGGAAAUCUAUCACUCGGUCUUCCAGGCCCCCGAUGGAGUGCGCCCCAUCUCCGCGGAGGCGCUUGAAUCCGAUGAAUUUGAGGGUCAGCAGCGCAGGGCAAAGGAGGAGGAAGUUCAGGUAGUUAUUUUGCUCGAAACCCCGAAAGGAAAAAUCGUGGGUGUGUUUAAGCCCAAAGACGAAGAACCGUACGCUUCACGAAAUCCCAAAUGGACCAAAUGGAUUCACCGCAAUUUGUUCCCUUGUUUCUUUGGCCGAGCGUGUUUGAUUCCCAACCUCUCCUACGUCUCCGAAGCCGCCGCAUAUGUUCUCGAUGCCCGCCUGCGCACAAACCUUGUUCCAUAUACCGAUAUUGCCUACCUGUCCUCCAAGUCCUUCUUCUACGAUUUCUGGGAUCGCCGCAAGGCCUGGAAAGGGAAGAAUACCCUUCCUCCCAAGGCUGGUAGUUUCCAGGUUUUCUUGAAAGGAUACAAAGACGCGAAUAUCUUCCUGCGGGAACACCCUUGGCCUGAUCAGACUAACUCAGGCUUCCGAGCUGAAGAUGCGCCGAGACGAAAGAAGCGACCAUGGAACGAAGCCUGUCGCCCAUCGGGUGCUCAAUCUGACGACGAGGACGAUGAUGAGGCUGGAAAUGCAUCUCGUACACCGCGCGAUGAAAGCGCCGAGCGCCGUUUCAACUGGACCGAGACUUUGAAGCAAUCAUUCCGCGAGGAACUCGAAAAAUUGGUUAUUUUGGACUACAUCAUGCGGAAUACAGAUCGAGGAUUAGAUAACUGGAUGAUCAAGAUUGAUUGGGCCACCGAGCAGGUUUCCAUUGUGGCAGAUCCUCCAAAGACUACAGAGCCGCAACCCAAGCAUGACGAUGACGAACUCCUCCCCCCACCUCGCCCGGUUUCGGUCAACUCAAACGGAUCCAACCCCUACAGAAGACGCGAGACAAUGAUGGCAGUGAGCCGCACAGGAACACCAUUGGCUUCUUCAGAGCAACAAGCUUCUGUGCAACUUGGUGCCAUUGAUAACAGUUUAUCAUGGCCCUGGAAGCAUCCCGAUGCGUGGCGGAGUUUCCCCUUCGGAUGGCUCUUCCUACCAGUUUCACUAAUCGGUCAACCUUUUUCACAAAAGACGCGCGACCACUUUCUUCCUUUGCUCACAUCUACAGCCUGGUGGAGUGGGACGCAAAUGGCGCUACGCCGAGUGUUCUCUCAGGACGACGAUUUCAAAGAGGGCAUGUUUGCUCGACAAAUCGCGGUUAUGAAGGGACAAGCAUGGAACGUAGUUGAAACACUGAAGCACGCGGAUCACGGUCCUCUCGAGUUGACCCGAAGAACUCGCGUCUGUGUCUGGGAUGAUCUGGUCGAUGUGCCCGUUGCCAUCCCUAUGCGAGCACCCUCUACGGAUAUGCAAAGACGCCAAGCCAUGAAUUACGACAACGAAGAUGAAGAGAUGGACAUUGGUGCAGCCAAGUACUCUCAACCAAACCAUGAGGAAGAUCUUCUGGGACUGGGCCCAUCUUCGAACGACCUUCCUAAUCCUAACCGGUUCGAGCUCUCUCGUGGCCGGAAUGAUGAGCGAGCUACUGACACCUUUGGUAGUCCUGAUACUAUCCACGAAGGAGACUAUUCUCGCCAAACCAUGGAUGGAACUUAUGCCCGGUCCCUGGAUGGAUGGCCGGAUCUUCCUGCUCGAACAAACAAACAUCGCAAGCAUGGUGGUUCCCUUUCUUUCCGUGUUCCCCAUAUCAAUACCUUCGGCAGCGAUGACCUCGAAGGAGACCUCGGAUAUGCAGCUGCUGAGGGCAUGGAGGGCAACCAACGCAAAGUCAUUGUGGAGCGCCUAGAAGCCGUGAAGAGCAAGAACCCUGUUUUCACCUGGUGUUGA